AUGAGCGCAUAUCCUUGGUACACAAGAGUCACAGACAUUGCCCACAGACUUACCGUUGUUGGUUUGGUUGGGUUCACCCUUUACAUGACCGCCGGUGUUGGUUACACACUAUAUCAAAACGGCAAGUUAGCCGAAGAGAGAGUGGCCAAGCAAAAGGAGGCAAUGGCCAAGCAAGCAGAGCUUGAAAACAAUAAGGAACAGUAG